AUGCUGGAUAUCAUCAUGGAGGGGCUCACUCAGCCCCCGCAGAUUCCCUCGAACGGUGCUUACUCCCUCGGACUCUUGCUCGCCCUGUCAGCGGGACCACUUCCGCUGAUCAGUGAGCACAUCAUCGGCGCGUACCUUGCUCUCCAGCUCCUGUGGUGGCUGUUGCUGUGUAUCCGUGCGGCACGCGCGGUCGGGUCGGAGUCGGCGCGUCGACAGCUCAAAGAGAGAGAGAAGGAGGCGUAUCUGAAGUGGAUGGACGGACUGCGCUUCAGUGUCGCCGAGCUCAUCUGCCAUCAUUUCCUGCACUUCGAGUUCGGCGCACAAGUCUGCAUGCUCUACUGUGGCACCGGGGCGCUCCGCACGGUGGCGAGGCCGUUGGUUUACGUGAUACUUUGCCUGAGCGCUGGAUCGGAGUGGGCCACCCGGUUAACCGGGUACAACCCCGCCUACCUUCUGGAAGCCAUAGGCUGCGGCGACAGGACGGAGUUCGCAAGUGGUCCUGCGUGGAAGCAGCACGGGCAGACUAGUGGUGCGGGUGUCGAGGGGACAUCGGCGCAGGUGCGGGUGUCGAGCUUAGCGCCGACGAAGAACGCAGAUAGCGCGAAGAACAACAACAACCGCUGCACAGUGUUGGACGAGGGGCCGCACUUUAACCGCACCUCCCGGGGGUGCAUGCUGACGUAUACGGAGUGA